GUCACGCACUGUAUUGCCCUCCAGCCUACGCAAAAAACUAGCUCCCCAGCAGCCGAAAUCGCCCAUCUUUUACGUAACUGUCCAGCCUUCCAACCUCGACUAAACAACAACAACAAAUCAACCCAUCACCAUGUUUGGAGGAUUUGCCCCCCCGCAGCAGUCUCCCGAGGAGAUUCGUGCCAUGGAGGCCGAGGCGCUCUUCACCGUCCAGCAGGUCGCUGCUACGGCCUUCAUGCUCUAUCUUUCUCCCUUCGCCGUCGACAUGAUCAGCCGCAUCUUUUAAAUCUCACCCGAAAAAAUUUUGCUAUGUAGGCUACGGUUUUAUAAAAACAUGCAUACCUCGCCCUUUUUUUUGACUCGGCAUAAUAUCAUUUAAUUUGGUAUUUUAUAUGCCAAGGAAGUCAAACUAGCCGGACUCCGAGACGCAUGACUGUACGAUAGAUGGUAACCAUUUGAGGUUAUAUAAAGUGAGGGAGAAAA